AUGGAUUUCGGUGUGAGCAUUGGUUCUUGCAUCUGUACGCAACAUGUAGCCCCAGCAAUGGCUGAGCGAGUGGUCCAUGAGGGUACCAGAACAGAGGUGUGGAUGCUGCGACGGAACGCAGAAGACUACAAGUCCCACGAUGCUGUGCGCUGUUACCUCCCCCACGUGGGGGCCGUCCGGCUGCUGAAACAGAAAGUGUGGGACAGCAUUUCAGCUUCAGCCCUUGUUGGCUUGUCAGACCUGCAGGCAGGUAGCAGAAAGGAAACAGCCAUGGGAUCCCGGGCCGUUGUGGAGGAGAUCCAGCUCACCAGAGGGCCGUCAGGCCUAGGGUUCAACAUUGUGGGUGGCACAGACCAGCAAUACGUGUCUCAUAAUGACAGUGGCAUAUACGUUAGUAGCAUCAAGGAGAAUGGAGCUGCCGCUGUGGAUGGCAGACUGCAGGAGGGAGAUCGGAUACUAGAGGUGAACGGUAUUAAGCUAGAAAAUCUUUUGCACAAAAAUGCAGUGGAACUCUUCAGGAAUGCUGGUGAACAUGUGGUAUUAAAGGUUCAGCACCAGGUACGUUAA